AUGUACAUAUCUCUGAAUAUUGAUAUUAAAUUCUUUAGGAUUUUUCUCUUAAACUGUAUUUUUCUCUUAUACUGUAUCAUUUCCCAUUCUCAUUUUUAUUUCCAAAAUUUACUGAAUAUUAAAAAAUUAUUUAAGUGUUUUAUCAAUUCAAAAACUGCUGAUAUUCAUCGCUCACCAUUUCCCAAUAUUUUUCUUCUCAUUUAUGCCAACGGGUCAGUUUGGACUAAUUACCGUCUAAAAUUACAAGGACCUUGUGAAAUGGAUCUUACUCGAUUUCCUUUUGAUAACGUUACUUGUGCUCUAACUUUUGAAUCAUUUAAUUAUAAUACUGAUGAAGUUGAAAUGUUUUGGUCUAGUGUUGGAGUUGCCAAAAUGAGAGAUCAUAUAGAAUUAGCUGAUUAUUUGCUCAUUGAUAUAAUUCCCGACCGCCAAACUGUGCCUUAUCCAGCUGGUUAUUGGCAUGAAUUAACUAUGCGAUUUCACUUUAAGCGAAGGGCUGGCUGGUAUAUACUUCAAGCCUACUUGCCAACUUAUUUAACUAUUUUUAUCUCAUGGAUUUCUUUUGUUCUCGGUACUCAAGCCAUUCCUGCACGUACAAUGUUAGGAGUAAAUUCAUUAUUGGCUAUGACAUUUCAAUUUGGCAAUAUUAUUAGAAAUUUGCCUAAAGUCAGUUAUGUAAAGGCUAUAGAUAUUUGGCUUCUUUCUUGUAUGACUUUUGUGUUUUUUUCUUUACUUGAAUUAGCUUGGGUUGGUUAUUUAAGUAGAAAAGAAGGGGAAAGUAGUAAAAAAACUGAAAAAGAUACAGCAUCAACUACUGCUGCUCAACAACAAUUAAAAACUGUUUCUACACAAAAUUGGCAAAUACCUUUUGAAGAAAGUGAAGCUAGAAAAGAAGAAAAUAUUAAUUCUCUUAGGUAUGCAAUUAAAGUUUUUUAG